AUGCCCCUCGACGUCGGCGACAGCGUACGCGUCAGGAGCUCGGGCGCGCUCGGCGAGCUCCUCCAGAUCCGCGUCGCGUCGUCGGCCUACGUCGUCAAGCUCAAGGAUGGUACGCUUCUGAAGAACGUGCCGUUCAGCGACGUUGAAAAAUACUCGGCGGCGGCGACGCCGGCCAAGCAGGCGAUCGUACUCGCUCCCGACGCGUUUGCUGUCGGCACCAAAGUUGACGCCAAGUACAAGGGCAAAGCGUAUUACCCCGGCGCUGUGGCCAAGGCGCACGGCGACGGUACCUACGACAUCGACUAUGACGACGGCGAGGUCGAGAAGAAGGUACAUCGGGACCUUAUCAAUGUGCGCGAGGCGCCAACCGUGGCCAAGACCAAAGCAACGGCCAAAGAGUCGUCGCUGCUGACCGUCGGCACCAAGGUCGACGCCAAGUACAAGGGCAAGACGUACUACCCGGGGACGAUCGCGCGGGCACACGCCGACGACCGCUACGACAUCGACUACGACGACGGCGAAAAGGAAACCAAAGUUCCGCGCGACUACCUUCGGAUCGCCCGCUACAAGGGCAAGUCCAAGUACUACCCGGGCAAGAUUACCAAGUGCCACAGCGACGGCAGCUACGACAUCGACUAUGACGACGGCGAAGUCGAGUCUCGGGUCGAGAAGGAUCUGAUCCGUGUCAAAGACGCUGGCUCGGACGACGACGAUGUCGGCAGCAGCAAACGCCUGACGGUCGGCACCAAAGUUGAAGCCAAGUACAAGGGCAAAACGUUCUACCCGGGCAAGAUUGCCAAGGCCCACGCCGACGGCAGCUACGACAUCGACUACGACGACGGCGAGAUCGAAAAGAAGGUAUCGCCCGAUUUUGUCCGGGUCAAAGACUCUGGCAAGGCUCCCAUCGCAAGCGACGACUUGGAUGUCGGCACCAAGGUGGAAGCAAAAUACAAGGGCAAGACCUUUUACCCAGGCAAGAUCGCUCGAUGCCACGCCGACGGCACCUUUGACGGCGGCAGCCCCAAGAAGCUGUCGACGUCGGGGUGGGUCGUCGGUGCCACGGUAGAAGCCAAGUACAAGGGCAAGUCCAAGUUCUACCCGGGAACGAUUGCCAAGGUGCACACGGACGACUCGUUCGACAUCGACUACGACGACGGCGAGAAGGAAAAGCGUGUCGAGAAGGACCUCAUUCGCCUCGUGGCGCCGCCAGAGACUGCCGUCCAUGCCAACGGCACCUACGACAUCGACUACGACGACGGCGAGGUCGAGACCCGCGUGGACAAGGCAAUGAUUCGAGCUGCCGACGUUAGCUCCGUGCUCAAGGUCGGGCAAACGGUGCAAGCCAAGUACAAGGGCAAGGCCAAGUUUUACCCCGGCAAAAUUACAAAGGUACACGGCGACGGCAGUAGCUACGACAUCGACUACGACGACGGCGAAGUCGAGACCCGCGUCCGUGCCGACUGGAUCCAACCACUACCUGGCGCCAAGGUCGAAGACACGGACCUCGAGGUUGGCACCACGGUCGAGGCGAAAUACAAAGGCAAGACCUACUACCCCGGCAAGAUUACCCGGUGUCACGCCGACGGCACGUUCGACGUCGACUACGACGACGGCGAGAAGGAAAAACGCGUCGACCGAGAUCUCAUUCGUGUCAAAGCGUCAUCCUCGAGCCCCAAGAAGCCCAUUGGACUCAAGGUUGGCGCCAGGAUCGAGGCCCGCUACAAGGGCAAGUCCAAGUACUAUCCGGGCAAGAUUACCAAGUGCCACAGCGAUGGCAGCUACGACAUCGACUAUGACGACGGCGAAGUCGAGUCUCGGGUCGAGAAGGAUCUGAUCCGUGUCAAAGACGCUGGCUCGGACGACGACGAUGUCGGCAGCAGCAAACGCCUGGCCGUUGGCACCAAAGUUGAAGCCAAGUACAAGGGCAAAACGUUCUACCCGGGAACGAUUGCCAAGGCCCACGCCGACGGCAGCUACGACAUCAACUACGACGAUGGCGAGAUCGAAAAGAAGGUACCACCCGAACUUGUUCGCAUCAAGGGCGGCAGCAAGGCCGAGAGUCCGAAGAAGGCCAUCUUCCGUGUCGGCGCCAAGGUCGAGGCCCGGUACAAGGGUAAAGCAAAGUACUACCCGGGCACAAUCACGCGGUGCCACAGUGACGAGACAUUUGACAUCGACUACGACGACGGCGAAGUCGAACGACGGGUUGAGAAGGAUCUGGUGCGUCCCGUAUCGGCGUCCGGCAGCGACAACGGGGCGCAGCUCGAGGUUGGCACCAAGAAGGACCUCAUUCGCGUCAUCCCAACCAAGAAAACUAACAAGGCACUCAAGGUCGGUGCCAAGGUGGAGGCCAAGUACAAGGGCAAAUCCAAGUUUUAUCCGGGCAAGAUCACCAAAGUCCACGGCGACGGCAGUAGCUACGACAUUAGCUACGACGACGGCGAGACGGAAACGCGCGUCGAGUCGGAUAUGAUUCGUGCGAUGGUCGACGGCAGUGACGACGACGACGACGGCGAUUCCAAGCGGCUCGCAGUCGGCACCAAAGUUGAGGCCAAAUACAAGGGCAAGACGUAUUACCCCGGAACGAUCACCAAGGUGCACCUGAAUGGCAGCUACGACGUCGACUACGACGACGGCGAAAUCGAGAAAAAGGUCGAUCGGAGUCUCAUUCGCGUCCGGGCAUCGUUUGCAGUCGGCGCCGACGUCGACGUCCGCGUCCACGGCAAGUACGUCCGUGGGCGCAUCCAAAAGGUGCACAGCGACGGGUGCUGCGACGUCUCGCUCGCCAACGGUGACGUGGCCAAGCGGGUCGACGCGGCUACGGUGCGCGCCCAUACGAGCGACAACCCGAGCAGUGGCAAUGACAGUGACAAACCCAAUCUCAAGUCCUUUCCCGUCGGCAGCCGUGUCGAAGCCAAGCCGCCGGGCAAGAAGACAUUUUCACCUGGACGCGUCACCAAGGUCCACGCGUCAUCCGAAACACUUGACGUGACGUUCGACGACGGCCGCACCGAGGCGCGGUUGGCGCUGAACCGGGUCCGAAAAUGUGUGCGGCAUAAAGGCGACGCGGUUCAGCUUCAACUUAAAGGCAAGUCGGUCCGCGGUACGAUUGCCAAAGUUCACAGCAACGGCAGCUAUGAUGUGGCGCUCGCGUCCGGUGACACGCGACGAGACCCGGCCGAUGUCGUCGACGCACCGGUGGCAUCGUCGUCGUCGUCGUCGUCCGAGGACGAAGCGACGGCGAUCACCAAGGGCACAUCGGUUCUGUUGCGCAACGGUCGCAAAGGCGUCGUGUCCAAACUCCAUGCGUCCGAUCGCUCGGUCGAUGUCACCUUGAUCGACGGUUCGGUCGAGACGCGUGUGCCUCGGAAAGCCCUCUCCGUUGCCCCCGCCGCGCCGUCGUCGUCGGGCGAAGACGAGAAAGUGCCACCGGUAGGUCCGCGCCACCGGUUCAAGUACAAGCGCGGUCAACCGGUGGAGAGCCAAUGGAAGCGCAAGACCAAGCUCUGGAUGCGCGCAACAAUUGUCGCAAAACAAGUCGACGGCACCUACACGAUCCGUUACCAAGAUGGGGUGGUCGCCGACAAUGCUCCCGAAGCGACAUUGCGUAGCGUUCUCGCAUCGUCGUCGGACGAGGACAAACCGCCGCCCCCCGCUUUGUCUCCAAUGGACGAACGUUUCUAUCUCCAGCAGCUGCUUCUCACGCUCUACGAGGAAGGCGAACUGCUUCGAAAGGCCCCAAAAUCCAAAUCCAAAACCCGUCGCGCGACGACUGCCGAAGCCAAAGACGAGGCCAAGACCGACACACCGGCGUCCGACAACGACGGCUCGGCCAGCGACGACGCCGCCACCGAUCAAAAAACGACACCACGAACGACUACCGAUGAAAACAAGCACGGUGCUGACUCGGACGCUGAUGAAAAGACGCCACGGACAACGUCCACCGACGAUGUUGGCAGCGGCGAUGACAGUGACGCGUCCGUGACACUCGACCCGACCGUCGACACGGCCACGGGACUUAUCACAGAGAAGGAGCUUCGGUGCCUCUUUGGCUCGGCGUACAUCACCAAACUGCGCGCUCGGUUUGAUCAGCUCGACAAGCACAGCACGGGCGUCCUCAGUCUCCGUCAAGCCGAGAUGGCGAUCACAAGCCUCCGGAAAUUACACUAUCCGGGCCGUGUAGCGGUGCAUUUGAAUCGGUUUCCGCCGCUCAACUUUAUUGGCUUUGUCACGGCGCUUGCCUACGUCAGCUACUGCGACGCCAAGGGCGCAUUGGCCACACACAUGGAACUCGAGGCAAUUCAUGCGACGCGGUUCGCUAGCAAGCACGAAAAGAAGCGACAAGUGCAGCUCUGGCAGACCAAACUCGGCUUUCGCGUCUUUGAGCGGCUCACCCACGCGUUUCAAGAACAAGCGGUCGUGACUGCCGGCGUCCCGAUGGUGACGGUGGACGCCGCGACCGCGAUCGUCGGCAGCGUCGGCCGUCAUCUCGUGCCCAAGAAACCGAUUGCGCUCUACUGGGCGCAGUUGCAUUUGCUGCCGCAUCAUUUGCUCGACUUGUCCGAGACCUGCUGCGUGUUUUACCAACAAUAUGGGUCGCUUGACGCGGUCGCGGAAACCCAGCGCAUCGAUGCGGCCAUGGAGCUACGUCCCGUGGCGUUUGUCGCUGCCUGCAUGUACUCGAACGGCGACGACUGCCACAUGGACGAAGUGGUGCGUCGCUUGAGCGUCGGGCGAUUGCCGGCGCAAGUGGAUAUGAUCCACCGCGUCCACGACGCGUUUCUGGCGCUCUGUGACGAGCGGCAGCAGCUGGCGAUUGGCCGUGUUGAGACGCUCUUGCAAAGUUUGUCGGUGCCGGCCGACGUCGUCGCGUCAUCACUACUACUCUUUCGACACCACGCGAGCGUGUCCCUUGUGGAGCUAUUUGCCCUCCUUGGCCACUCUUUAGUCGACAGUUUGGAUGCGAUUCCGAGCAUUUCGAAUGCGCUGAGUCGACUGCGGCUCCGUGAGAGCCAUGCGGAUGUCAAGCAGGUGCUGAGCGUCUGUCGAACACUCUUAUACAAUGUAGUCCGGUUUCCCAAUAACCGCGACUACUGGCGCAUCCGUUGCGACACGCCGGCGUUUGAACAAAAACUUGGUCGGUUCCGGGACACACCGGCGCUUCUCGAGGCGAUUCAUUUUGUCUUGGUCAACCAAACCCACUACGAACUCCGAGGCGCCCGGUCGCCGACAGGUGCCAGAGUAUCGGCGCUCUCGGCCUCGACGUUGGCGCUGCUAAAAGAGGCCCUCGAUGGUAUCGAGCACGAACUCGUCCAACUCGAGGGCGGCAGUAGUGUUCGCGAUGUCGUCGAGGCAAGCCUCCGCCAGUUUCACCACUCGGUGCCCGAAGUCCGCGCCGCGUUGGACCUUGCGCUCAUCUAUCUCCUCAACAUUCUAAAGCACCCGAAAGACGCCAAGUACUGGCGCAUCCGCGCCACCAACAAGGUGUUUGCGUCCAAAAUUGGGUGUCUACAGAAUGCCGUGGCUUUCAUGCAAGUGCUUGGAUUCGAUUGCAUCGAGGCCUCGGCGGGUUGCAUCUAUGAGCUGCGCCAGGACGUGGCCAAGACCAAGGAAUCGGACGCGACACCGCUCGCCCACUUUUCCUUUCCGACAUUGUCGGAGCGGGUUGAGAGUUUCUUGUGGCGCCGCAAACAAGACAUCGAGUUUCUCUUGCACGAAGGCAGUGCGACGGUCGCCAAGACGCCAUUGCUCGCACCCGAGGCCUCAUCGACCUCGCAACCUGCCGCCAGCACAUCGGGCCACCGCGAGCAUUUCCCGUACGGGCUCAACACCCGCACGCUCUUCGGCAAGUCGGAUGUCCAGAGCAUCCAAAUCGAUAUGAUCGACGCGGUGUUUCAAAGUUUGGAUGCGUCCCACCGCGGGUAUUUGACGCUAUUGGACGUGCAGCACUGGAUGACACCACUUCCGUUUGUGGGAUCUGUGGUCACACCCGAGCAGCUAUUUUCAUUCCUCGACUUGGAUACGGAUGGACACGUGACCAAAGAUGAGUUUGUCGCGUCCUUUGGGCCACUGAUCGACCAUCCGUACACGCUCUUUCCAUCACGCAUUGAGCGGGGGCUGUCCGUGUGCGAGUCUGUCUCGGCCAGCGUCGGCGUGGUGCGCAUGACACUGAGCAUUCCGUCGGCGCGGUGUCUUCUUGCCGAUGUUUUGCGUGCUGUGGACGCGGUUUUAGCGGCACCAACCGACCCUCGGCAACACCGAACCGUGCUGCCACCUAACGCGCCGCUUCGGACGUUUAGUGACGCGUGCAAGGAGCUUCUGCACAUUCUCGGCUUGGAGCUUGUGACUGUCACUACACCAAGUGCCGCCCGGACGCCGGCACCGGCGACGCAGCCCGAAACCGCUUCGGAGCACGCGAAAUCGGUUCGGGAUGCCAAAGCCACGGCCGCCGCCGAAACAAAAACCAUACACUAUCUUGUCCUUUCGUGCACCAAAGGCGGUCGCCAGCCCGCGACACCGCCUGCGAUCGGCCGGCUCCAAACGAUGCGCGCCGUGCUCUUUGGCCACUUUUGGGGUAUGGCGCACCCGUCGGUGAGUGACGUCGGUGGUACGACGCGAGGCUUCUUGCACCAUCAACUCAAGCACGCCACACACGCGCUCCCUGCUUGGAUCGGCGUCGCGAAAGCCCUUCGGGAUCUCUUGACAAACAUGGUCGCCAACGCCCACGACCCGUCGUUUCGACGCAUUACCGUGUCGUCGCCGGGCUUCAUGCGCACCGUCGGUAGCGUUCCCGGCGGCCUCGAAUGGUUUGUCGCGAUGGGCUACCACGAGUCGGCUCGCGGGGCGUUGGAGUAUGUUGUCGACGGCGCCUCGUCGGCCGGAUGGGUCGCCGAUGUCCGUGGUCGACUGCUGGAAGUCGACAUUAUGAUUGCGUACCUUGAACACGCAGCCGACACAUCAGCAGCGUCGACCGAACCUGCCACGACGACUGCUGUCGACGACGCGGUCGCGCGGAUCAAAGACCCGGCGGCCAAGAAGCUCGUGCAGUCGUACCAGAAGCAGGCGCAGUUUGCACAAGUCCAGAAAGACCGCGUGCAGCAGCAAAAUGCGCAGUUACUUGCCCAAGUUCAGAAACUAUCCAAGCCGAAUGGACGUUUUUCCAAAGCGACGCCACCCAUUGCCAAGACGUCGGCGCCGGCGGUGCGGACAUCGACACCGACACCGACAUCGGCUCCGCGACCGCGAACCACGACCAGUGACGUUCGACGCCUGCCCAGUCAGGCCCGCAAACGCCCGACGACGGCGUCCCCCGCCGACCCCUUCGUACCGUAA